AUAAUUGCUUUUUGGAUGUGGCUGCCGCUGUGGGCCGGGAAGCUGACCUCAGAGCAGAGGAAUGUCUCCCCUGCAGACCCUGCGGACUGUGGGCGGAUCUCAACGCUGUUACACUCACUGGUGCUGAUGAACCGCAGAAACCACCUGAAGGAGGGAAGAGAAACACGUUUAAACGGAUUAUCGACAUUUCAUAUUUCCCCUCCUGUUUUUGUGGCUUCAUUUCUCAGCAGCAACAUGUUUUCAAUGUGUCCAAAAACGUUGCUGUUGCUUCUAGUGUGUGCUGCCUCGGCUGCAGCCAAUAACGUCAGUAAAUUAGUGAGGACCUUCUCCGCCUUCCCUUCAGCCACAGAUGAACCGAUAGAGAUGGAUGACUAUGAUACAGGUGUUGAUAUCAAAAUCAAUGGAUCUCGAAGAGUUCAGAUAUGUUAUGUCCCCGCCUCCAGAGGGCUGGAAAUCUCAGAGGAGGCGCUGGCGUUUCUAACGGGCCACGUGUCCACCAUCCUCAUCCCGUCCUUCUACACGCUGGUCUGCCUCAUCAGCGUUCCCAUCAACAUCUGUGCGGUGCUGGCCUUUGCUCGGAGGAUCCGGCCUAAGAAACCAGCCGCCAUCUACAUGCUGAACCUUGCCUGUGCUGACUUGCUCUUCGCUGUGCUGCUCCCCUUCAAGAUCUCCUACCACUUUGGUGGCAACAACUGGAUAUUUGGCGCGCUGAUGUGCCGUGUGGUCACUGCAGCUUUUUACUGGAACAUGUAUUGCUCUGUUCUCCUCAUAGCUUGCAUCAGCGUGGACCGGCUGCUCGCUGUAGUCUAUCCCAUUGACUCCCUGUCUUGGAGAAGGCCGAGGAACGCAAACUUAGCCUGUGUAUGCAUGUGGAUACUGUCCCUGGCUGGAUCUGUGCCACUCGUCCUCUCCAACCAGACCGUUCAUGUCAGAGAGUUGGACAUCACAACCUGCCAUGAUGUCCAACCCGUGACUGAGCUUAUCUGGAACUACAAGAUCUACUUCAUCACCCUCUGCUGCGUCCUCUUCUUCCUGCCUCUUCUCAUCACUGUGGUGUCCUACGCUCGGGUGAUCUGGUCACUGAGCAGAGUCCCACGUGGGGUACCAGGACGCUCACGCAGAAGAUCAAGAGCAGUGGUGAUGGCUUUAACCGUGCUGGUGAUGUUUGUGCUGUGCUUCACCCCCACAAACUGUCUUUUGUUGGCACACUACCUGCAGUUUCACGAGGGUGUCGAUAAAAGCCAGGAGGCCCCCGAUGGCUCCUACGCAGUCUAUCUGGUGUUUAUGUGUCUGGGGAGUCUCAACUGCCUCCUGGAUCCUAUGGUCUACUACUUUGGAUCGUCCCAAUGCCAGCGACAACUAUCCAGCGCGCUGAGGUGUCAGAAGCUCACAGAGGUCUGUAGCAGCAGUAAGUCUUCAUCCAAUUCUUGCAGAUCCAGCUCCGGGACAAUUCUCAAAUCCAGCCAUGAAGACAGCUCCAAAAUAAGCACUCAGAGCACAAAAAUGGACUCUUUCCAAGCAAACCUCCACAGCCAAUACAAGAAGCUGCUCGUCUGAUGGACUCACAUCGAGCAGACUUCUUAAAGUGACUUAACUGACUCCUAUUUAAAACAGUAUUUUAUUAUGAAGUCCAAGUAUUGGCAUACAAAUAGCAAGAGUUAAUCUGGAGGGUUUACUGUAUGUAGUCUUAUUAAAAAGGAAGAGAAUUUAACCUCAUGCCAACAGAAAUGACUUAAAGUCUUGGUUUCAUAACAACAAAUGUGCAAUGACGUGUGCCUUUUGAACGGAGUAGCCUCAGAAAAGGAAAGAAGUUCCGACUAGAUAAAAAGUAUUCUGCUGAAAAAUUGAUACUAGGAAGUAGCCUUUAAAAAGGAAGGAAGUUUGAAUGAGAUAAUUCUGCUGAACAGUUAAUACUAUGAAAUGCUUUUAUUUUUGCACUGUAAGUGCUUAUGAGUAUAUAAGCUGCAUGCACUGUAAGUAUUAUAUAUAAUGGAAGGGAACUACACAUGUUCUUGUUUGCUGAGCUUAUUUCCAGGCACUUGUGUUUCACAAUUGAAAACGCUGUCUUAAUCAUGCCUUACUUUUAAACUAUAAAUAUAUUUACCACUUUUUGUGUACCACUUUUGGUCUCUGAAUGAAUGUGUUUUAAAGAGAACCAACACAUCAAAAGUAAUAGGCAUAGUUUGUUUCAUGCUGCUCUCUGCUGGUCAAACAUUUGAAGUAGUUUAUCAUGUAAAGCAGUCAUUUCACAUCAUUGUCCAGACUCCUUUCUUCUCCAGUAGGCAGCGCUACUACACUGUUAAUAAAAUGUAACCUGAAGGAUAAAUGAACCCUUUCACUGUGUAUCUGUUUUAGCAGUCAUGUGAUAGUGUAUACUGACCGAAUAAAUACUUCUUGAAUUUUUCAAUACAAGCUUAAACACCAA